AUGUUCGCAUCAUCUACUUUAUUCCGUCGGGACAAUAGCCUUACUCCUUGGCGUUCCAUCCAAGGAGUGGGUGCCGGGGGUGUAUUUGUCCUUGGAUAUGUCAUUCUUACCGACAUUGUCCCUCUCAGGCAACGCCCUAAGUUCACCGCAAUUAUUCAGAUUGCAUGGGCGAUUGGAACCAUACUUGGACCACUUUUCGGCGGCAUAAUUGCUGAACACUCAAUAUGGCGGUGGACGUUCUACAUCAAUUUCCCUUUCUGCGCGAUUGGAUUCGUAAUAGUUCCCAUUGCUGUUAGACUUAAGCGGCAGGAAUCCACACUGAUAUAUAAAAUCAAACAAGUUGACUGGAUCGGAGGUUCUUUAUUCAUUAUCAGUAUAACUCUCCUCCUGAUAGCAAUUUCUUGGGGCGGUACUCAAUUUGCAUGGGACCACAUCGCGACAUUCGCUCCUAUGAUACUCGGUAUAUUUGGAACCUUGUAUACGAUCUGGUAUGAGUUCCAGAUGGCGAACGUUCCGUUUUUGCGAAAGGGAUUGUUCUAUUGCCGAUCCGCCAUCGCCGCAUACAUCUGCUCGUUGAUUCAGGGGCUAGAGUUAUACAUUGCGUUGUACUAUAUCCCGCUCUAUUUCCAGGCUGUAAAAGGCUUAAGCCCUGUUCUUACUGGAAUCAGCGCACUCCCGAUCACGUCUUCUUUGGUUCCAGCCAGCGUUUUUGUGGCGGGGAUUAUUGCUCGAACCGUCCUAAUACUCCUUGGAUUUGGGCAUGGCCUCGUUCUUAGUGCACUCAAUCUCGGGGUCCAGGCAAUCUCUACUGUCAACAGCGUUGCUCACGCAGUCGCGAUGUACUCAUUCCUCCGAGCUGUUGGUGCUGCUCUUGGGGUAGGAAUUGGAGGCACAGUCUUCCAGAACGCUAUGUCCAAGAGGUUAAGUGUCCUAGGUCUUCCAACCGACAUAGCAAAGAAUGCAGAGGCGUAUAUCGAAGUCCUCCACACUCUUCCUGCGAAUUCAGUUUUCAAAAUCAACAUUAUAGAAUGCUACGGCACAGGCAUCCAAGGAGUCUUUACCGUAAUGACUGGGUUCAGCGGCCUUGCUAUGUUCCUCAGCUUCUUGAAGCAAAACACUCUAUGGACAAGGACUUGGAGGACGAGAGUGUUUCAAUCGAAUACAAGAAACCUCUCCCGGAUCGACCAAUGA